AUGUUUGGUGGUGGUGGUGAUGAAGGUGGAGUUGGUGGUUGUGGUAGUGGUCGUGGUAGGGAUGGCACUUGUGCAGGUGGUGGUGGUGGUGGUAACCAUGGUGGUGGAGAUGGCAGCAUGGUGGUGGUGGUGAUGGUGUUGGUUGUGGAGGUGGUGGUGGAUGUGGAGGUUUUGGAGGAGGUGGUGGUGGUGGUGGCGGUGGUUGUGGAGGUAGUGAAUGUGGUGCUGCAAGUGGUGGAGUUGGAUGUGAAAAUGGAGGUUUGA